ACUUCCGUUUUAUUUCCUCUUUCAACGGUACUGACUUUAGCUCCUUUCGUUCCAUGAAUUGGUGACACUUAUGAAAUAUUAAUGCAUAUUCCGACAAUGCACAACACAGGGACCAGGCUUGUGUUUCACCGGACGGUCCGCCUGCUGUCACAACGACAUUAGCUCUCUGUGGUCGGCUGUGAGCUCACCAUGCCGCUCGCUCCGGCUAACCAGUCCCACCUGAUCCGCUCCAGUCAGAAGGACGAGUACUACCAGAGCUCCCUGAGGAACACCGCCAACGAAGCCUUCCAGACUCUGGCUGCUGUACUUUCAGCACUUCAGGAGGGUCUCAGGUUUCAAGUGUGUUCACUUCCUGUAGGAUCCAAGCGAUGGCUGGACUGGAGGAGAGAGAUCGAGCUGCUGUCAGACCUGGCAUACUACGGUUUAACCACAUUGUCAGGUUACCAGACCCUGGGCGAGGAGUACGUCCACAUGGUCCAGGUGGACCCCACUAAACACCGGGUCCCCUCCCGGGCCAGGCGGAGCCUCUUUGUCCUCCUCCACUCCUUCUUCCCUUACCUGCUGGAGAAGGUGCUGGUGAGCCUGGAGAACGAGCUGGAAGGCGGGGGGGCGAGGCAGCGGCAGGCAGCGUCCCGGUCCUGGAGCCUGGAGGCCUGGCUGAGGAGGGGGGUGCAGAGGGGGGUGGGGCUGCUGCCGGAGCCCCAGAGGAGGGCCUGCCUCCCGGCUGUGUCUGUCCUCCGGCAGGCUCUCACCCUGCUGCAGCGCCUCCAUGUGGCUCUGUUCUACCUCAGCGGCUCCUUCUACCACCUGUCCAAGAGGGCGGCUGCCAUCACAUAUCUGCGUGUGGCGGGGCUCCAGGGCGAUGACGGCACCAUCAGGAGCAGCUACAGGCUCCUGGGGGCCCUGUCCCUGCUGCAGCUCCUCAUCACUGUGAGUCUGCAGCUCAACAACUACAGGAAGAAGCAGAGAGCCCGGCAGGAGUGGCAGCUCCACAGGAACCUCAGGUGCACACUGCCAGAGAACACACACUCUCUAAACCUGCAUUCAAAUCCUCAGCACACACACAGCGGGGGGGGGCCCCAGGGGGCCAGCUGUAUGCUCUGCCUGGAGGAGCGCAGACACUCCACCUGCACGCCCUGCGGACACCUCUUCUGCUGGGAGUGCAUUACAGAGUGGUGCAACACCAAGGUCAGCUGCAGCACACCCACUCUCAAGCACAUCUCAGAAUAGAAGCUUAUUACCAAGCGGAGUGCCCCCUGUGUCGGGAGAAGUUCGAGCCCCACAGACUGGUGUACCUGAGGAACUGCAGCUAGCACACAGACUGGUGCACCUGAGGAACUGCAGCUAGCACACAGACUGGUGCACCUGAGGAACUGCAGCUAGCACACAGACUGGUGCACCUGAGGAACUGCAGCUAGCACACAGACUGGUGCACCUGAGGAACUGCAGCUAGCACACAGACUGGUGCACUGAUGCGUGUUAACCCUCUCAGGAACACGUGGAGACACAACAGAACUUUGUGCCAACAUUCUGCAGUUCUUUAAGUAUAAACCUUUAGCUUAUUAUUAUUAUUUUUUUUUUAUGAACUGCCUCUUUUGUUUAUUUUCCACAGAAGUAGCUGAUUGAGAAUAACAUUAUUGAUUGUAUCAGUCGAAAUCGUGUAAAUAUAACCUUUUAAUUCAUUAAAAACCUUUGAUUGGAAUAAAAUAUGGGUCAAA